AUGGGCAAGGCUAAUGUUAACUACAGGCAGACAGAAAAAAACAGACAAACAGACAAGAAUAAAAUACAAGGACAUCUGUACUUCUUGGUACUUGUGAUUGUUGUCUCCCUUGGUAUAUGUCAGAGAUUCCCGGCUGAAAAACCCGGACGAUGCCCCCCGAUUUACUGCAGAAGUAGAUUUGAUUGUCCUUAUAUUGGAGGAGAAUGUACACGUGACAGGGAUUGCUUAUACCAUUCAAAGUGUUGCCCAGUUGACUGUGGUUGUGAGACUUCCUGUGUACGGCCAUUAUACGGAGUAGGUCCACAGCCAGGAGGCUGCUUUUACAAUGGACGGUACUAUGCUAUUGGACAAAGCUUUCCUGCCGGUGACGGAUACAACACUUGUGGCUGCAAUGAGAGUGGACAGGUGUUUUGCACAUUGAUUGCUUGUUCUAAUGUUUGCUCUCUUCCAAGAGAUUUUGGGGGAUGCUAUGCUAUUGUUCCGAGAUGGUGGUUCAACAGUUUGACCAAUCAAUGUGAAUUCUUCAUCUAUGGCGGAUGUGCUGGAAAUGAGAACAAUUUUCAAUCGUUUCAGGAAUGCUAUCAGCGCUGUGGACGAGGGAGAAGAAUUGUCCAAGGUCUCAAGUCUUUGGAAAUAACUUAUUUCAACAGCAAAGUAAACUACGUCUUCUCCAUAAGAAUUCUAGAUCUAACUCUGAAUAAAACUCACUGCCCCACAAAGACAAAACAUUCCACCAAUGAAAACUAA